CAGACUUUGGCCCCAGGAGCGGCUCUUGUUCCUCCGUCCGUCACACUAUGAACUAGCGCAGAGAAACCUCAGAUCAUCUCAAAACAGGGCUGAGAAACAUCUCCAAGAGCUUGUCUGAUCUCCUCGGCCCUGUCGUCAUGCUGCGGGGUUCGAGUCCGUUCGGCUGGUCCAGCGGUUACCCUGAAUCGCUUGGCUCUAGCGUGACGGCGCUGGAUGACGCGUCCUCGGAUCUGUCGGCUUUAUCCAGACCCAGCGCUAAAUCGAUAUACAAUCAGAGAAAGGAAUAUGCCAGCUCUGUCAACAGACAGAUGCAUCAGUUCCAGCACAGAGUGGAGCAUCUGUUCACCUUUAAACUGGAUGGCCAGGAGCUACGUGACGUGAACGACUGUGUGGAGCGACUGAAGUAUCUGGACGCCAUGGGCCGUGUGUGGGGUCAAGACGUCAUGCUGGAGGUGCAGGACGGAGUGCUGCUGCUCGCCGACAUCGAGACCAAGGAGGUGUUGGAGUCGUGGGCGCUGAACAGCAUUCUGGAUCUGAAGGCCAUUCUGGACGAGAGAGUUUACGACUCUCUGCUGACAGUCUCCAUUCAGGAGCGCAGCAGUCGCCCCGUCAGCGUCUUUCUGUUUCAGAGCGAGUCUCUCAAGGCAGAUUUUCUGAAGAAAGAGCUGGAGCGGCUCCUGCAGAACAAGAAAGACGAUCACAGAAUGACUAAUGGCAGUAAAGCCACUGUUGAAAACGUCGCACAGAGAAACUCAAGACGAGAAUCUCCUCCACCUCAAGUGAUCCUUCAGAAACCUCCUGAACCCUGGGACGCUCCGGAUUAUGAUGACAGUCCAGUCCCGACUCCUCCCAUCUCCAGAAAUAACUCCACCUACAUGAAGAUAGAGACCCCGCCCCCUCACGAGGGAGAGCAGCCCCCUCCGCGGCCAUACACAGAGAGAGAGAGGAAUGUGGAUAUCCUGAAUCACCUCAUUAACGACAUUGAGGCCUUCUCAGACCGACUGACGGCUGUCGCGCCCAAGAUGAACAAGAAGAAAAAGAAGAAAAAGAAGCAUAAGAGUGUAAAGGGAAUGCCAACAGAGGAGGAGUUCUCCAUCUGUCUGAGGAAAAUCAAGAUGGCCUUUAACAUGCUGGGCAAACUGCAUGGAAAUAUUAACAAUCCCAGUGCUGCUGAACUCGCUCACUGUCUGUUCUCUAUACUGGAUCUGGUUGUGUUUUACUGUAAUGAGGAUCUCCCUCCGUCUAUCGUGGCUCCUCUCUUUGAGCCGGAGUGUGUGGUGUUUCUGAGCGAGGAGGCGACACCGGAGGAGGAUCGUCUAUGGCAGUCACUGGGAGAUGCCUGGAACAUUCCCAGCACCAAGUGGCCGGAGGAUGAUGAUGACAUUCCCACCUACACACCCGUGUUUGAUGACGGAUGGGAGCCGCCAGAUAUCAGAAACCCUGAGCCAAGUGUCAAAAAUGGGAACGUGAACACAAACACAAAGACAAACAUUAACACAAGCAAACGAGAGCCAGCACGAGCGCCUGUGACACAACAAAUGAGCAACAAACCACCGCUGGAGCCUGAGAACAGUUCAGAGGAGUUACCAGCGAGCUUCAUGAGAGCCAUCUUUGAUUUCACAGCACGAAACAACAGAGAGCUUUCCAUCAGUAAAGGUGAACAACUACAGUUGCUGGACAUGUCUAAGCAGUGGUGGAAGGUGAGGAAUGAAAAAGGGCAGAUCGGUUACGUCCCAAACAACAUGCUUCAGCCACCGCAGCAGCAGGACAAACCCGAAGCACCAUCUGUGCCCACACUAACCCGAAAAUCACGACCCGAGGAGGUCCGGGCCUGGCUGGAGCACAAGGGCUUCAAUAAAAUUACGGUGCGGUGUUUAGGAGGCAUCAGCGGCUCCAUGCUGCUGGGAAUGACACGCGAUGAGCUCAAGACUAUCUGCCCAGAAGAGGGCGGACGCGUCUUCUACCAGCUGCAGAACGUCAAAUCAGCCCUCGCGGCCAAUGAAGUGAGACCGAUGAUCUGAGCCACAACCGGAUACUGAAGGAUGUGAUGCUAAAUCACAAAAUCUGUAUGCUAUUUCUGCAUUUGGACUUGAAGAAUCAUUAUUUGAUAAAAUAGUCUAUAUUGCAUGUGAUCAGCAACUUGAGUGAAUGUGAACAAAUUUCACUGUGUAAUUCCUGCAUUUACCACUUUAUUAAUUUAAAAAUGAAGAAGUUGUUUGAAAUUUAAAAUUAUAGAUGAGCCAGACCAAAAAAAACAAAACAAAAAAAACUAUGAAAAUAUAUGUAUAUUUUUGUCAUUAUUGAUGAGACAUUUAAUUCGAAUAUAUCAUUGUAUGAAGAGCAUAUAAUUUGAUAAUUAUCAGUAUUAACCCAAUGAAAUGAAUGGAAUUUAAUUAUUUGUAACUCAUGAUUGCUCAAAAAAGGUCCCUAUUUAUGAAACCUACAUAUUUAUUUCUAACAAAACAACAUAAAUAUUCCUCUGAAUUUUUAAAAUAAAUUCAUUUUACUUGCAU